UUUUCCGUCCAUAAAAAAACACAGUAUACCGUUCAUAAAAAAACUUAUGGCUGCUCAUCAAACUUUAACGGUUAAUGGUCAAGUAUGCACAAUAAUAUACUUAUAUAAAGUUUUUUAUACUUUAUUCUUUCGUAAGUUAGAUAAUAAUUUAACCUUUUAAGAUAUUAAGAUAACUUUUAAAGCAUGCGCAUUUAAUCAUACAGAUAAAAAGCUUACAAAAAAUAUCUCAUUUUGAGUUAUAGAGUACAGCAUCGUGUAGUAUUCAUUUUGCGCUAAUAAUUUUUAAUUAUUGUGCUUUAUUAUACCUAAAAAAAUAUUUACACGGAUAGAAUGACUUUGUUAAAGUGCCUUAAAAAAAACAAUUUUUUAUUAAUUAUGUGAUACACUUAAGUUGGUCACUAAACUGUCAAAACUUUUUGCAAUAUUGCUAAUUAUUGUCUAAACAUCAUAUUUUUGACGUUUCAAUAAAAAAAUUAUUUUCAAAUCUAUACCUAUACAGCUAGAUUUUUAGAUAUUUCAAAAAAUCGUACUUCCUGCAUGUAAGUUUCUAUAUAUGCAUAAUAAAUAUUAUGCGAAUUUAAAUUCUGCAAGUUGCAGACCAAUUUUUGGAAUGUACGCGUUCAGGGUAGUUGCACGAAAAGGUGCGUGACACGGGAGUUGCAAAACCCGUCAAGUUAGUGGUCCAAUACUGGACUUAAAAUGACUGCAUUGCGAAGUAAAGGCUAAACGACAUGGCGUAAAUAAAACAACUCGUUCUUUUUUAUGACUUAUCCCCUUUUUGCGACCGGGAGGCGAGACGGUGACCAGUGAUAAGAACAAGCGCACUCGUCAAAUUAUUUGAAACGGCAUUGCUCCUGUGUAAUUUCUCUCUCAUGGUUCCCCCCUCGAUCUAUAUCUCUAUCUAUACCGCUGCUGUUUUACAUAAUAUCUCACCUUAGAAACCCGGCACACCAGUUUCACAAAACCGAUCCAAUUUUUCGUCGGGGCGGGUUACAUGAUCGUCGUGUCGACUGCCAAUUUCUAAGCGGGAUCUGUCCUGCUCAUUCAAGAAGACAGUCAACGGGCAAAGGGAAUGUUUCCCAACCAGUAUCGAUUCCCGAAUUGCUUCGUCUCUGACAGCGUACACAGCCAACAGAAAUGAUAGAACCGAAGUUUAUGGAAUACAUAGACCGCAUAGGAUAGAUAGGAAAAGCAGAUAGAAGUGAUAAAGUCUUUCGCAGCAGCUUGAUUCGAGCAUUACGCUCCUAAUGACGAAACUCCACCAGUAAUCGAUCCGCGGAUCAGCCAACCGAGCGACGCUUGCUGCGAUUUUCCAGAUUCCCGAGAAAUCAGAGCGGGCUGGUGGGGAAUAUUUAGGGGAUAUAAGGUGCUGUAACCGAGACAAGGCGAUCGUACGUACGUACGGGAGUCGAAUAGAUAGUGAAAGUCCCCCGGAGCGCACAGGAGUGCAGCGGGAGGGAGCGGGGGUCGGCAGGAACGGGGGGGCUCCAGUAAGGUAUAUGAGGGCCUCAGUUCGAGCAAUCGCCGGUACUCUAGCCUCGCUGCCUACUUACAUUCACACACACUAACACAACGACCGACCGCCGGGAAACACGAUGCACACCCUCGCGACGGUAGCAACGGUGCUUACCGCGCUGUUGGCAGUGUCGGCACAGCAGUACCAGCAACCCGGCAAUUACGUUGAUGAUUACGCCCAGUAUGACGCCCAACGGCCUAGCCAACCGACUCCACGUAGCUAUGCGACCGACCCGGAUCGUCAAGCGGCCGCGCCGAAGCCGACACCGGUUGCGAUCCUAAAGCAGAUUAAUCGUCACAACGAGGACGGUUCAUAUACGUAUGGUUUUGAAGGUGCGGAUGGCUCCUUCAAGAUCGAGACCAAGUUGCCGACCGGCGACGUGAAGGGCAAAUAUGGUUUCGUCGACGACACAGGCAAGGUCCGCAUAGUCGAGUACGGCGCGAAUCAGUACGGUUUCCAACCGGCCGGUGAAGGCAUCACCGUGGCCCCGCCAACCUUGUACGACGAGACCACCAGCAAGGAAGCCCUUGAGGCGCAGGCCUACGAGGAGUUGCAGCAACAACAGCAACAACAACAGCAGCGGCAACUGGCUCGUCCGGCUUACCAGCAACAGUCGCAUACCCAGGCUGUGUACGCUCCCGCGCAGGUAGCCCCAAGCAGACCCGCGCUCCCUAAACCGCCCAUUUUCACCCCGGCCGCUGCGGCACCUGCACCUCAGGCGCAACGACAGUCCCUGUUAGCGCAAGCCUACGCCGAACCUGCGCCCCCCUCGCAGCUCUACAAUCAGGGACCGGCUCAGUUCACUUCUCCGUCGUCGGAUCAGAACGACCGUCCCCAACCGCAGACCCGCAGCGGCGGUGGCGGUAUCCUGGACCAGCUCGCCAGGGACUACGCUCUACCGCAGGGAGUAGCGCCGCCGUUGCACGACAUCAGCUUCGGCUACUACUAGGCCGUCUAGUCCUGUUCCCUUUGUCUACCGAAGAGUAGUAGAGCCUGGAAUUCAAUCGUUGGAGCCUCAACAAAAUUUCAUAUCGCUCAACUGUAACGCUUUAUUCAAACUCUAAUAUGUUUCGUAGGAUAGCUAUAGUACUAUAGUACCAUAGUAUAGCCAUCAAAAGCUACCGAGUAUUACGAUUGAUCCCAGGCUUGACUGCUCGUUCUGGUUGCGUGUUGGUCUUGUAUUCUAUUCGUGAAUAGGACGCGUCGGCGGCUGGAUAACUCGUCGUAAUCGCGGCGUGGACCACUCUUCCCGAAGCGAACGGCACUGUGAUUGAUGAUCGUCGCGAAUAGAUCAUUUAUUGCAAUCAGAAGUUGAGAACUGUUAGUCUAUUAACAUCUGAAACUGCGACAAACAACCGAAAAACAAUGACCUUAUUUUGUCAUGCAACACGAUUUCCUCAUCUUAAUUAUAUUUAAUUAAUAAUUAAAGAUAUGUAUUAAUGACAAAAAUGAUAGAUCUCAUAUAUUUCACAUUGCAUCGUUUCAUUAGUAGUAAACUGUGUCAGCAAAAGAUAAAAUACAAUUUUGAGAGAAAUUAAUACAUUGUUCAAAUGGAUUUUUGGCUUUGUUAUAUUUUCUUCUUUUCGACUUUGAAUAUAAAAUUAGAUAAAAGAAUUUUUUUUUAAGAAAUUAAAAAAAAUAUUGAUAUUUUCAAUAGACAAAUGACAAAGGUGUGAGUUCUCGACUUCUUUCUUUAAUUAUUUGUUUUCAUCAAUCGAUAUUUUCAUAUUCAGGGAUUUGAUAUCAUCUUUCAGUCAAUAAUUGAAAUUAUUGUUGUGCACAUCGUUAAAGAAUUGUCUGGAUAAUAAAACGGGUUAAGUGAUUAAGUGAUAAUUGUAAAAAGAAUGUAAAUAAAAUUUCUCAUCUCUCCCUUCGGUAGGCGUUCGCUUUUACUCCGGAAAACGCAAUUCACCACCGUUGCGAUCAAUUAGAAUUGCGUUUUCACGACGACGUUCCUCGAGAAUGUUAUGCUAAUUGGGCGUGCUUGCUAUUGUAAUUAGAUUAUUGUAAGGUAAUUCGAGUGGAAUAAAGUGAGGCCAAUACUAAAUUCCACCGCCUGUGUUGUAGAUCGUAAAAAAUUUCCGUACAAUGCAUACGGUACGACGAGAUUUCCUGAUUUCACCUUUCCAAUUACGCUCCUCGUUAGCCAUAAAGACCUUCGAUGUUCAUAUGUUCUAAACGCGCAAGAGAACAAAGUCAUAUCUUCACUCGCACGUAGUCUAUAUUCAAUUCUAAAUCACCGGAUUGUUCUUCCUUUACAAACACGGUAAGAAUAUUGUGGAAACUACAUGGUAACGACGACAAUACGCAUUCAAUUAUAUAUAUGUAUGUAUUUUUUUUUUUAAGAAAUGGUAUACUUAAUUGACAUUAAUUGUACAAAAAAUUAUUUCUUAAUAGUAUUGGUUUAGACAGAUUUAUUUUGUUUAUAAUUUUUAUGAUAUUCUGUAAAAAUAAGCUUCAUAUUCCCUGAUGAUAUUUUCGAUA